UUUAGUGAUCGCUAGUAGCGGCUUGCAUGUGGCGGGCUUCUGCUUUUUUCUUUAUCGCGAUUAUAGUGUAGAUUUGGGCCGCGCUGCCUGGAUGCUGUGUAUUCGGUGAAAUGUUUCGACGCGUGGUCACAGGUGUGAGCAUUUUCGGCGGUGGCGUGGCAGCUUUUGUGGUCUGCAGUGAGCAAGCGAAGAAGCGUACCGUGCAAGCAUCGUGGACUACGAACUUCGAGCCCACCGUUCAGUGGGACAGUAACUGGGACAAGAGGGAGCCCGAGUGUUGCACGAAACCUCCCAAGAAUUCAUCGGAGAAGGAGCAGAAUCGCUACAACGAGGAACUGCAGAAAGCAAAGCCGACAGCAACACGAUACCUUUACAUAAUUCGACAUGGCCAAUACAAUAUGCGAGGAGAGUCGGAUAAAGACUUCACUUUGACAGAAUUGGGCCGUAAGCAGGCAGAUGCGACAGGUCAGCGGUUGAAGGAGUUGGGAGUCCCUUUCUCGCGACUCGUUCACUCGACCAUGACACGGGCUAUCGAAACAGCCGAGAUAAUUCACAAGCACCUGCAACCUCUUCCGAUUGAAUCUUGCGAGCUGAUUCGGGAGGGGGCACCUAUUCCUCCCGAACCGCCUUACGGAACCUGGAGACCAGAAGCCAAGGUGUUUUUUACAGAUGGUGCGAGGAUAGAAGCCGGUUUUCGCAAGUACUUCUACCGUGCAUCUCCUAGUCAAAAGGAGGACUCCCACGAGAUCAUCGUUUGCCAUGCCAACGUCAUUCGAUAUUGGAUAUGCAGGGCUCUGCAGUUCCCACCCGAGGCUUGGUCUCGCAUAUCUCUGGCCAACUGCAGCAUCUCUCUCGUGAGGAUCCCUCCUUCGGGCCGAGUGUCCCUUCGGUCACUUGGUGACACGGGCCACUUCCCCCAGGAAAUGAUUACGACCAGCUAGUCGUUUGACCAGUUAGGGCCAGAGUUGUUUUGCGGUUGUGUUUUGAGGCCCCUGUGGUGUUGCACUCAGUCUAUGUAUAACGAAGUUGACUCGUAUAGUUUUUCUUACGUUCUCAUUUUUGGACCACUAAUGUGGUAUUGAAAUUUAUAUAUAUAUAUAUCUUAGCAAUGACGCUCAGCUGUAUGUUUAUACGUGGGAAACGUAUUUUUCCAUAAUAAAGUAGAACUGAAUGUGUACUCAUGUA